CUCCCUACACGCUUCUCUGGCCGCCGAGCCUCCAUCCCAUCCCGGAUCCUUUGCCGCAGCGUCAGCGCCGCCUCCUCUUUUCCUCUUCCGCCCCCUCCCGCUUCCCGGCUUCUCCAGUCACGGUUCCCGGAGCCGGUACCGAGCCCGGGGCCGCGGGGUGCCAUGCUGCCCGAGUGGCGGCGUUGAAGCAUGGCGACGCCGAUCCCUCCUCCUUCCCCACGGCACCUGCUGCUGCUGCGGCUGCUGCUCUCCGGCCUCAUCCUCGGAGCGGCUCUGAACGGUGCCACCGCCCGCCGCCCGGAUGCUGCCACCUGUCCUGGAAGCCUGGAUUGUGCCCUGAAGAGGCGGGCCAGAUGCCCACCAGGCGCACACACGUGUGGACCAUGCCUUCAGUCCUUCCAAGAGAACCAGCAAGGGUUUUGUGUGCCCAGGAUGCACCAGUCUUCUGGAUUUCCUUUCUCCUCUUGGGCAGAGAAGGUACCUGAGGGUGGACAAGGGGAGGACUUGCCCCAGCCCAGACUGGAAGAGGAGAUCGAUUCUCUGGCCCAGGAACUGGCACUGAAGGAGAAGGAGGCUGGGCACGCAAGGCUUACAGCACCGCCCUUGCCUGAGGCUGCACAGAAGCUCCUGGAGCCUGCAGCUACCUUGGGAUUCUCACAGUGGGGUCAAGGACUGGAGCCCAGCCUCCCCUCCACUCACGGAACCUCCACACUGGAGCCCCGGGGUGGGCAUGGAAAUGGCCUCACCCUUGUGCUGAUCCUGGCUUUCUGCUUGGCAAGCACAGCCGCCCUGGCUGUGGCAGCCCUCUGCUGGUGUAGACUACAGAGGGAGAUCCGCCUGACUCAGAAGGCCGACUAUGCUGCCACAGCCAAGGCGCCCACUUCAUCCACAACACCGCGAAUCUCGCCUGGGGAUCAGCGGCUGGCGCACAGCGCUGAGAUGUAUCACUACCAGCACCAGAGACAGCAGAUGCUGUGCCUGGAGCGGCAUAAGGAACCUCCAAAGGAACUGGAGUCACCCUCCUCUGAUGAGGAGAAUGAAGAUGGUGACUUCACGGUAUAUGAGUGCCCAGGCCUGGCACCGACAGGGGAGAUGGAGGUGCGCAACCCACUGUUUGACCAUUCCUCGCUGUCGGCACCGAUGCCAGGGCCCCAUUCCUCACCUCCGCUGCAGUGACUCCUAGACUGAUGCCCACCUGCCUGCAGCCCACAGCCCACCGGUGGGAGAAGCAAGUCCUGGUGUUCCCUAUUGGAAAGAACAGCAUUGUGACCCUCUGCAUGCUUUUGGCAGGAGGGAGGCACCAGCCCCUGGGCUCCCUUGCCAGGGAGAAUCUCCACCUCAUGUGGGAGACCUAGCCUCUGCUUGCACAGUCUCUGGUCUGAACCCUCACACUGGAGGGACCAGUCCAGUGAUCCUAGAGCCCAGGCAUGGAUAGAGAGGUUUCUGGAGAUAAAAGCCAAUUAAAGUCUUUUUCAAACCUUGA